AUGACGCCAACUCCAAACUCAUCUCCCGCCCGAGUGCACCGCGGCCGCCUCAAAUCCUUCAAGAACAGUUUUGUUGGAAGUAAGAUGCCUACCGAAAGAGAACUGGACCUCGGCGAAGAAAAUCAGAUUCCGUCAAACACUUCAACGAACCUUUUCCUUUCCAAAUUUUAUCUUUAUCAAGCUGCUUCUACUACAUCACCCAAAGAAUAUAAAAUUCUUACUACUGACAAUGAUGUGAAUGAGUUGGUUAAUCAAUUGAAAGGGAAUGUACGUGUUGAGAUUGUAGUUGCAGUUCAAGAAGAUGAUGGAAAUGAACCAAUUUCAAAUCCUAUGGAGGUUGUAAGUGUAGACGAGAUGGUUGAAUGUUCCAUUACAAACAUGGGUGCUAAAGAUUUAGAAGUUGGCACACUCUUCAAUGAUGCAAUAACUUUCAAAAACGCUCUGCGAUCAAUAGCCAUUAGAAAUAACUUUGGUGUUAUAAUUAAAGCAAGUGAUAAGAAACGUGUUAUUGCAACAUGUUCUUACCAAACAUGUCAAUGGAGAAUUCGGGCAUCCCUUUGUGAAGAUACUCAGUCUUUCCAAAUAAGGAGAGUAGAUGGAGUACAUACUUGUCCUGGUGUUAAUCGUGCAGGGAAUAGACUCGCCACAUCUGCUUGGGUUGCUAAUGAAAUUCAAGAUUUAGUGAAGAGACACCCAGACAUUCCACCGAAAGAAAUCAAGAGCAAUCUAGAGAAAGAAUAUGGUUUAUCAGUACCUUACAUGAAGCUAUGGAGAGCAAGAGAACAAGCCCGUGAUGCAAUUUUCGGUUCAGUUGAUGAUAGCUACAAAUGGGUUCCAACAUUGAAAGCUGAAUUACUUGAAAGAAAUCCGGGGUCACAUAUUACAUACACAUUUGAUAGUUCUGAUCAUGCCUUUCAAAGAUUUUAUGUAAGUUUCAAAGUGUGUGCUGAUGGAUUUCUUAGUGGUUGUAGACCUCUUAUAAGUGUGGAUGCUUGCCACCUUAAAUCAAAGUAUUUGGGUAUGCUUCUAUCAGCAAAUGCACUUGACGGCAAUAAUGGUUUAUUUAAUAUAGCUUAUGCGGUUGUUGAGACAGAAUCAAAACAAACAUGGACAUGGUUUCUUAGCAAUUUGGGUGAUACUAUUGGUAGGAACUUGCAUCCACUAGCUUUCAUAUCGGACAUGGAGAAGGGUUUAGGCGAUGCUAUAAGAGAAAUUUAUCCAGAAGCAGAGCAUAGACUUGCUGAGGUAUCGAAUGUAAGUCCAAAAGUUCACUCAUACCUACUCUCAUUACCUUACAAGUGGUCCAUAAGCCAAUUCAUGAUAGGGAUUAACCAUGCCGCCAAUACUAACAAUUUUGCUGAAUCAUUUAAUUCAUGGAUUGUUGAAGCUAGAAAUAAACCUGUUGUUGACCUGGUUGAUAUCAUUCGUGGUAUGCUUAUGGAACAAAGGGAUAUGCGAAAAAUGAAUAGCAUGACUUGGCAUCGAGAGUUAGUACCGCAAGAGGAAGAGUACAUAAGGAAUAUUACAACCAGGAAAGAUCAUCUAAUAGUCCGUCAAUCAAGUGUUUGGAAGGCUGAGGUGGAGGGCGUACAUUCAAGACAUAUUGUUGAUGUUGAAAAACGAGAAUGCACUUGUAGAGUGUGGGAAGUGACCGGACUUCCAUGUAUCCAUGUCGUGGCGUUCAUUGGCAUGAAAGAACACCCAUUGUGGCAUUCAUACAUUGAUGAACACUAG